AUGACUAGGCGUCCAGUGAGACGAAACUCUCGGCCUCUGACAGGUUUCACCCCGCGCACUGUCACUCCGAUUUCGUCUGUAACAACAACACCCAAUGGUUCCGCGUACACAUCAACAUACACUUCCGAGGUUGAGGUCGAAGAUGAUGUCAGCAAGAUCCCAAUUGCUUCGCUGACCCUCAAUACUCCUCUCACGCCAUUAAAACGCAAGAGUCGCGUGCCCCCAACACCAUUUCGCUUUCUGGAAUUACCCUCGGAAUUACGACUCAAGGUGUAUGAACAUUACUGGAGCGAUGCCGAGACAGUUCUGGACCUUGAUCCGGACAAUUAUAAAAGAUAUCACAAGAGACUGGGUCUAGUGCGCGUCUGCAAGCAAGUACAUGCUGAAGCGACGCAUUUCUUCUACAGCUCUAGAGCCAUUCGGGUGUUCCCGACUUGUCCCGGCAAAUACUUCAAGUCCAAGAAGCCACUCCUGGCUCGCAUGAAACCAGUUCAACGGCGAUGUAUCACGUCGCUCGAGCUUCGGCUCGGCCCUGGUUGGGGAGCUCCUCCUCGAGGCUGGGUGGUGAAUGACGCUCUCGGUCUAAAGGACUGCAGCAAUCUUCGCAAGCUGACUGUAUAUGUUGAAUGCGAUCCAAGCGAUGGUAUCUUCAAAGGAUUUCGUCGAUCGGAAGGGUUCUACGAAAGCUUUAGCUGCAGAUUACUCGUCAAUGUCCUCAGCGAGCUCCCGAAUGAUGUGGCGAUCGAAUUUGAGGCUUAUCCCGGCGUGAAGAAGUCUGGCGCCAUGAUGCGCGGCUUACUUGACAUUGCCACUCAAACCAAGCGGCGAAUACUCUGGGGACCAGAACGAGGAUGGACAGACGAGCCCGAAAAGGAGGAGAAACCUGCAUCUGACCAUCCUCAGUUAUCGGACAGUCUUCCCAUGGAGGGGUACGCACCGCACAAUGUGCUCGUCGUGGCGUAG